GUUCACAUCAGCUAAGUUCAGUCACUUUCCCAGGCGCAGUGAGCAACAUACAGCAUACCAAAGUGUUAGAAGAAAUGGCAUUACUAUUUUAUGUAGUGUUGUGCCUGUCUGUCUGGACUGGGUUCUGUCAAAUACCAGUCAACAACACUCCUGCAAUAAACCCUUCCAGCCUGGCUGCGAAACUGACCAUUAAUUCAGUGAUACUGACGUCCCCAAGUUGUUACUUCAACAGUCUGGCCAAUUUGCCCUGCAAUUCUACUACUACCUGUGAAUUAUGGCUCGUAUCGGCCAUAGAUACAGGAGUCAGCAAUUAUGAUGCCGACAAGAACAGGCCCUUCAUUGACACCCUCUCUCCUUAUCCAACCGCCUUCUCUUCCAACACCUCAAAGAAAUACUUCCUGACCAAGUUGGGGUUUCAGAAAGACUACCCCUGCCCCAUCGUCGCUGGAACAGACUACUUCAGGGUUGGCUCUGACGGUAGCUGUUCCACUCCGAACUGUAAUGGAAUAUUGCCUGUUGGCUCCACUGCCAGAUUUAGGUAUGUUCUUAUCAACCCAGAGAACAAAACAGUUGUUGCGGAGAGUUUGUGGUCCAACAACAUCACUCUUUACCCUUUGAAAGACCUUGAAAGCAUUGAUAAUGGCUUUGCUGGAAGGUCUGCGUCCAUGAUUGUCAUUACAGCUAUCCUGUGUUCCUUCCUGGCCUUGCUGCUGCUGCUAUUGCUCAUCGUGCUGAUCUAUGUCCUUUGCUGUCGGAAGGAGAAACAGGAAAUCCAAGUUCCAGGAUCAGUGCGCAUGUAUGACACUCACAACUUGAAGGAGCCUUCCCCCUAUGUAAACCGUGCUUAUGAGGAUGAGCCACAGAGACCCACAGCCACUAGCCCCAUUAGGCUCAAGAGCUACACUGACUAUGAUUUGAAAAAACCAGCCACAGAAUUGUAGUAAGUGUUUAUGAGAGGAAAAUGUUGCACUUAGUGGUUCAUUGACACAACAUCAAUUUCUUACUGUCAUUCAUGAUCAAUAUGUUUAUGAUAUUAAGGCUGGGGGUUUGAUAGCUAUUCAGAGGUCUAAUUCUGUUGCUUCGUUUAAAAUAGCCGGAGUCGAGUCCUAUGUUUAAAAUACAAUGUUAAAUUCACAUUAUAGGCUACAUUUAUUUGGAGGCAAUGACUUGUGUCAUAAAUAUAAUCUAUUUAGACAACAAAAAUAUGCAAUUGAGUGCACCAAGCUAAUCAAAACUCAAUUUUUUAACCAUAUAUUUAUAGUUUUUUUUUCUCCCUUUUUACAAUAAUCAAAAUAGAAAGAGAAGUUCAUAAUACUCAAUUUCUCUCAUAUCUCCUAUAUGCUGUUAUCAUUGCUGUGUAGAGUGUAAAUGGGUCAUUCUAUGAAAAUGAACAUUAAAAAGAAUUGUUUACCAAACUUUGUCAGAUAAUAGCUAACCCCUUAACAUUUUAAAUCAACAUAAAUGACAGCUGGGGGUGAUGCCUGUGCUGAAAGGACUAGUAAUAAAGGACUGCUAACCUACAAAGCA